AUGUGGAGAAAAGGAAACCCUCAAACACUGCAGACAGAGGCGUCUUCUGUUAGCCUGCCUACAUUGCUCUGCAUAGCACAGUCUCCUCUGCAAUAUGUGGACAUUGCCAUCCCAUGCAACAACAAGGGAGCUCACUCAGCAGGUCUGCUGUGGUGGGUGCUGGCCAGGGAAGUUCUGCGCAUGUGCGGCAACAUCUCCCUUGCACACCCAUGGGCGGUCACACCUGAUCUCAACUUCUGCAGAGAUCCUGAAGAGACUGAAAAGGGGGAGCAGGUUGCUGCUGUAAAGGCUGUGACCCAGGAAGAUUUUCAGGGUGAAUGGACUGCUCCAGCUCCCCAGUUUACUCGACAUCCAGAGGUCGCAGUGUCUGAAGGUACACAGGUGCCCUCUGCACCUAUCCAGCAGUUGCCUACUGGGGACUGCAGUGCUCAGCCUGCCACUGAGGUCUGGGCUGCAGCUCCCACUGCUCAGGCCACUGAAUGGGUAGGAACAGCCACUGAGUGGUCUUAAGUUAUUC